AUGGCUUCGUCGACCGACCAGGAGGUGUGGACCGAGACAACGGGUGCGUCGACGGUCGGGUUGAACGCCGCAGCUGAGACAGCCGAGUCGGAGCAAGUGUCAGGAUCAGCGAUGGAAGGGGUAGAUCCUGCAGAGGUUCUCCCUGCAGAAGUCAUGGUCCAUGUCCUUGCGUAUUUGUCGGCUGAGGACAUGGCCCGGGCGGCGCGCGUGAGUAAGCGAUGGAAGGUUGCGGCGAGCGACAACUACCUCUGGCUGCGGUUGUUUGAGCAGCGCUUCCCGUUUGCGGCACCCGAGCUCAAGCGCCGGUUCCGGGAGAGCGGAGCGGUCGACUGGCGCUCCGAGUUCCGCAACACUGUCGCUGCCGAGGCGGAUGCUUUGCACAAGAUGUGCACCGAGCUGCAAGAGCCCGGCCUUGCCCACUCGCAUCGGCUGCGCGGCGCGCGCCUCAAGGCCGGCCGCGUCGACGCUCGCAAGCCCCGCAAGACAUCGGCGACGGCGGCGGCCAAGUUCUCGUUCAGCGGCUUUACUAUGGAGCAGGCUCUCGAAGGCAAAGCUUGGUUCAGGGCCUUUGCGCCACGGCGGUCGGCCCGCGCCCCAGCCGGCGCCAACGGAGCGCCGCUUCGCACUCCGCCAGACCCGCACCUCAUCGCCGAGUUCAAUGCUCUCAAGGAGCGCGUCGAGCGGCGCUCUACUCCGUUGCCGGACAAGGAUAAGCAUCAUCUCCAACCGACCUCCCUCGCUGAAUACGAGUCUGCUGUCAUCUUCUUCAAGGAUCUGAUUGCGCCCCGCUGCCCGGCCUAUGGCGCGUAUGCGACACAAGCUCUACGGCCCGUCGACCUCGCGCGCGGCUUUGCCACGCUCUCGUUUGCGCCGCCAGCGUCGGGCCAAGCCUGGUCCGUGAGCAAAGGCGUGGGCGCGGGCGAGAGCAAGGCUCCUGGAGACCAAGACGAUGCCGACGGUGGCGAUGCAGGCGCCUAA